AAAUAAAAGUCUGUUUUGCAGUCUCUCCAAAUGUGUAUCUGUACUGGAUCGAAGGGGACAAUAUUAUUUUAUGAAUCACAACAGGAGAGGAUAUUUUGCGAUAUUUAAUUUUCAAAUGUGUGGAGACAAAAUAAAACAAGGAUCUGAAAAAGAUAUUGAACGUUUGGAUACAUGUUUCACAAAACUUGGAUUUCAAACAGAAGUACUGCAAAAUUGUACAACGGCAGAAAUGGGCCGUGAACUUAAACGAUUAAUGGCAAUUGACCAAACAGAUUGUGAUUGCUUCGGAAUGGCUAUACUAAGUCAUGGGGAAAAUGGACGAAUAUCGACUCGAGAUGGAUCUAUUACUUUGGAAAAUCUUAUAAGAAAAGUUAAGAAAUGUGAAAGUUUACUUGGAAAGCCAAAACUAAUUUUUGUUCAGAGUUGUCGACUGGACCAUAAUUUGACUACUGAUGCAGCCGUCGUACAGAGUAUACCAAAACUAACAAUUGAAUCAGACUUACUGGUAUCUUAUGCUACUACGAAAGGAAAUGUUGCAUAUCGAAGUCCUGAUCUGGGAUCACCUUAUAUUCAAAUACUAACAGAAAUACUGGAGACAAAAGGCGACAAAGAAAGUCUAUUUGACUUAUUGACGGAAGUUAAUGCGAAGCUCCAAGAAAUGGUCCAAUCACUUGGUGCUAGCUGCGAACAAGUAUCAAUUUUUGAGACUACUCUAAAGAAAAAACUACAGUUUGACAAAAUUGUUGCAGUUUAUACGAAAUAUUCGGAUGGAAGAAUCGAAUAUGAAAACAAAUUGGAGGAAAAUAUUCAAGAACAGACUUAUGUUAAAUCGACUCAAGAUUUAAGAAAUUGAACAGUUAAUAAACACAGAAUUUAAUGUACGGGUAGUGAACUAAUCAUGUAUAUGCUGUUUUGCCUUAAACUUUUCACAAUGAAAUUUGUAACAUGUACGAACGAGAAAAAUAUUAAAGUAUUUACAUACUAUGAA